AAACACCAUCCGCUGCAGACCCAAGUUGUCAUUCCGAUAUCUCUCCCACCGGUCACAACUCCAAAACUGCCACCACCACCAACACCGAAUUUGCCAUCUCUAGAGUUACUCGAAGGAAGUAGAGAAAAUUACAUCAAGAUUGGAGCUAAACUUUAUGAAGCGUCGAUGAAAGGCAAUUGGGAAGUUGCUAAAGGGAUCCUAGACGACAGACUAGAGUUGGUACGCUUUGCCAUCACAAAAAACUAUGAAACACCACUACAUGUCGCCGCAUCAGCCGAAAGCAACAAGUCUUUGGAAUUGUUCGUAAAAGAACUAGUGGAACGGAUGGACAAUGAGGAUUUGCAACUACAAAACAAAAACUACCAAACUGCUCUUUAUUUAGCAGCUGCAGCAGGAAAUGUAAAAAUUGCCAAGAUAAUUGUGAACAAGAACAAGGUUGUUCUCAAUAUCCCUACUAAUAAAGGAAAAAUGCCACUCUAUAUAGCUGCUUUAUUGGCUGAACGUGAGAUGGUAAAGUAUCUCUACGAGCAAUCCAAUAAAAUGUCGGGAGAUUUUUGGACAAUUGAAAAUCGAAGUUGGGUUCUACAUAAAUGUGUUGAAAGUGAUAUGUUUGAUAUUGCUCUGAUCAUAGCCAAGGAUUGUCCGGAAAUCACCAACGUGAAGAGCUUACUUACAAAUGUACUUGUGGCUCUCGCUCAGAAAAUUGAUGCAUUUGAAGGCAAAAAACCACAUAUUAUCUUGAGAAUCAUCAAGUCAAUUUGGCCAAGACAUGUUGAAAAGGACAGUGACGUAGUAGAGUUGUUAAAAGUAAUAUGGGGUAAGGUUGCCAUGUUGCCUAUGGAGGAGGUUGAUGACAUAAUCCGAGGGCCAGCUUCAGAAGUAACAAAGGAAGGUAUCAAAACAACUGUGUACAAAUCCAGAGUACUAUUUCUUGCUGCAAACAUGGGAAACACGAGAUUCAUAAUAGAGCUCAUUCAGUCGUGUCCAGAUCUAAUAUGGAUGGUAGAUGACAAAGGACUAAGUAUCUUUCACAUGGCUGUCAAACAUCGGCAAGCAAAGAUCUAUAACUUGUUGCAUGAGAUAGGGUCCAUGAAAGAUCGAAUUACUCGUAUGAAAGACAAAGAAGGCAAUAAUAUGUUGCACUUAGUUGGAAUAAGUGCUAAACCAAGACGAUUUCAGAAUGUCUCAGGAGUUGCUCUACAAAUGCAACGAGAGUUAUUAUGGUUCCAGGAAGUAGAGAGAAUGGUCCCUUCUAGUUACAGACAAAGGAGAAAUGAACAUAAUGACACACCACGGGACAUAUUCAAAAAGAAACAUGCAGAUCUACUGAAAAAUGGUGAGGAGUGGAUGAAAGAUACGGCUGCCCAAUGUAUGGUGGUCGGUACGCUUAUAUCAACGAUAGUAUUUGCUGCUGCUUUUACACUUCCCGGUGGAUAUGAUCAAGACACUGGUAUUCCCUUUUUCCGUCAGAAACCAGUCCUCAUUGUUUUUGUAAUCUCAGAUGCCAUCUCUUUGAUAUUCUCUUCAACGUCAGUUCUCAUGUUCUUAUCCAUCCUCACCUCUCGCUAUGCUGAACAUGAUUUCUUGCAAUCUUUACCUAAAAAGCUAAUGUUCGGUCUUGGAACACUUUUCCUUUCUAUUGUGACCAUGAUGGUUGCUUUUAGUUCAAGUUUUUUGUUACUAUACCACAAAAACUUGAAAUGGGUGCCAAUUAUCAUCGGUAGUCUUGCAGUGUUGCCGGUCGUUCUGUUUGCUAUACUGCAAUUUCGUCUUUUAGGGGAUGUCUUUCACUCAAUAUAUAGAUCCAAAUAUCUAUUUCAGCCCACAAAUCGCAUUCUUUACUAUUAAGUAUUGUUAUGAUUUCAUUUAAGAUGUAUCUAUUUAUCUUUCUUUUA